AUGGCGGACGCCACUCUCUAUGUGGCCAUCGUCUCUUUGCUCUUUGUAAUUAUUCUCCACUCCUUCCUAAGAAGAAAACCCAAGAACCUCCCACCAGGCCCUCCUUCUCUCCCCGUCAUCGGCCACCUCCAUCUCUUGAAAUUCCCCUUACACAGGACCCUCUACAACCUCUCCAACGGGUAUGGCCCGAUCAUGUCCCUCCGGUUCGGGGUCCGCCGCGUCAUGGUCGUUUCGUCGCUGCCGCUGGCCGAGGAGUGCUUCACGAAGAACGACGUGGUGCUCGCCAACCGCCCCAGGCUGUUCAUCGCCAAGCACCUCGCCUACAACUACAGCACGCUCAUCGCCUUGCCCUAUGGGGCCGAAUGGCGCAACAUCCGAAGGAUUGCCACCAUCGAAGUCCUCUCCACGCAUCGCCUCAACAUCCUCUCGCGCAUCCGGAGGGAUGAGGCUGAACGGCUGAUGCUCCGGCUGGCGAGGAAUGGGUUCGGGGACUUCCACCGGGUCGAGCUGAAGACCCUCUUCACGGAACUGACUUUCAACGUCAUCAUGAGGAUGAUCUCGGGAAAGCGGUACUAUGGGGAAGGCGUAAGCGUGGACGAGGCCGAGGCGAGGGAGUUCAGGGAGAUAAUCAAGCAGAUUGUUGCAAAUGGCGGCACGAGUUAUGGGAGCGAUUUCUUGCCCAUAUUGAAUUGGAUCGAUCACAAGGGGUUCAAGAAGAUGAUAGCGGAACUCGGGAAGAGGGCCAAUGCAUUCAUUCAGGGUUUAGUUGACGAGCACAAGAGAAGGAAGGGCGAUCCGGAGUUCGCGGACAGUAUGAUUAGUCAUCUGUUGCAUUUGCAAGAGUCUCAGCCGGAGAACUACCCGGACUUGAUGAUAAAAGCGCUCGUCAUUGUUAUGCUAGUGGCAGGAACAGACACGUCAUCUCUUACGUUAGAAUGGGCCAUGGCCAAUUUACUGAACAACCCAGACAAGUUGGAGAAAGCCCAGGCCGAGAUCGAUUCCGUUGUCGGCCACGAUCGUCAGAUGGAGGAAUCCGAUGUUUCAAAGCUAUCUUACCUUCAAUGCAUCAUCUUCGAGACCUUACGCCUAAGCACAACGGUCCCACUUCUCCUCCCGCACGAGUCAUCAGCUGAUUGCACCCUAGGAGACUACCUCGUGCCACGUGGCACUAUAGUGUUGGUGAAUGCGUGGGCCAUUCACAGAGAUCCCGAGCUAUGGGAGGACCCCAGGACCUUCAAGCCGGAGCGAUUUGAGGGUGGAAAUGGCGAAAAGCACCAGAAGCUAGUUUUGCCAUUCGGGCUGGGACGAAGAGCAUGCCCCGGCGCACCCCUAGCUCAGCGGGUUAUGGGGUUAACGUUGGGCUUGCUGCUUCAGUGCUUUGAUUGGAAAAGAGUGAGUGAAGGGGAGAUUGACAUGACCGAAGGCAAAGGAGUCACGAUGCCAAAAGUAGUGCCACUGGAAUUGAUGUGCAAAGUACGCCCUCCCAUGGAGAAACUCGUCCCUAAAGAUUAAUUCGGCCGACUAGUUUGUCACGAAGUGAUUGAGAUGCUACUAUGUUAUGUUGUAGGAGUCCCAUAUCAGUCUACGGUUUCCACUUAGUAUAUUUGCUUCAUUGUAA